GCGCAAAAUUCUGUGUUGGUUCUGGAAAUGGUUGUGUUGAAUUCAGAAUGAAAUUCUGCAUCGAAUAAUGUUAAAUUUGUAUGGGGUCCUCGACCAAAGUUCUUCGACUUGGGUGGGGCUGGAAUAUAGAUUUGGAGGGAUGACUUGGGUGAGACCAGAAAUAUUUUGAUCGAUGAUCCCAUACAAGUUUAGCAUCAUUCGAUGCAGAAUUUCAUUCUGAAUUUAACACAACCAUUUUCAGAUUCAACACAGCUAAAGCAGCGAAUCCUGGCUGAAAUUACUUCUACAAGAUUUUCAGAAAAAGCAGUAGUUCCAGGUAAAGUGCCAGCUUUUGAUCGGCAACCCCCUUCUAAAAUUACACCAUUCGAUUCAGCGCAAAAUUUUGCAUCCAACACAACGAAAGUGAAAUUCAACACAACCAUAUAGGUGAAUCCAGGCUGGAAAAGCUCGAAUCGUGUGCUAACUUCCCUAACGUGUACAAUUCUUAAUUAUGUUCUCAAAUCAUCUCCAAACAUUGAUGAUAUGCAAAAUGUUUUCAAUAUUACUGAACAAGGUUCAUUUAUUCUGGUUGUUAAAAAUCCAAAACUGAACAAUUCAUCUCAGAUGGAUCCUAAUAAAUCUGAAAAAGUUGAAUUGCUUCAAAAAGUUCAAAAAAUGUUUGGCUCGUAUUUAUGGUCGCCAGCUCAGCCUGAAAUGCUCGACAUUACUGGCUGCAAAUUGAUCUGGAUUCAUUCGUCAAUUGAUGAUUUUGAAGCACUAUUACAUCAACGAGGCGAUGAAAUAGAAGAAUCUUAUGCUGAAAUGACAACAGCUGAUGUUAUAAAAUAUAGUGAAUUAGAUGAAAAAUAA